AUGUCCCACGAGGAGGAGGCCGACAGAGGCCUUCAGCUGUUCAAGAGUCCACUAAUCCACUCUACGUCGGUCAGCGCCUCCUCUCCUGGGCCUCCUCCCGAGCACCACACUCAUCAUGCCAAUCCCGACCACGGGAGGCCAGAGGUCCGCCGCCUCGACACCCAUCUUGCCAGCUCCGACGACCAUACACUCCACGAGAGGCCCGAGUUCCGCCGCCUCGACACCCAUCUCGCCCUUCCCGACGACCAUACACUCCACGAGAGGCCAGAGUUCCGCCGCCACACCGAGGCCACGAAUUCCGAGCUGUUCUACGACCUUUUCUUCGUCGCCAACUUGACCGUCUUCACUACUGUCCACGAGGUCAACAGUGCUCAAACUCUGGAGCAAUAUGUGGGCUUCUUCUGCAUCUUGUGGCUCACGUGGUACCAGGUCGGUCUGUACGACGUCCGCUUCUCCAUGGAUAGCGUGUUCGAGCGCGCCGCCAAGGCAUGUCAUUUCGGUGUCAUGCUCGGGUUUGCGAUUACAGGGCCCAAGUUUGAUGUCGGUCAAGUGUCCAGUGAGCAGGAAGGAGAAGGGCCAUCGUACCGGUCGUUCCAAUACUUCUCCCUGAUUCUCAUGGCAAGUCGUCUCAUCUUAGUCUGCCAAUACAUACAAAGUCUAUUCUUUAUGCGACACUUCAAGCGAACCCGAUUGCCUAUGGUGCUCAUCGCCAGCACCUACUCGAUCGCCGCAGUGGUGUAUCUCGGGUUGUUCUGGUCUUUCCACCCAUCCGCGGAUGGCUCUCAGAAUAACUCGUUCAUCGCGUGGUACGUGGUGGCGAUAAUGGAAACGGCACUGGUGACUACAAUAUCCUGCAUCUGGAGACACAUCAGCUUCAAAGGCACGCAUCUCGUCCAGCGCAUGUCCCUCCUCACACUCAUCAUCCUCGGCGAAGGCGUGAUUGGACUGGCGGAAAGGUGCUCCGCCAUCGUUGAAGCCACAGUCUUCGACAUCUCGGCUGCAUCCACUCUCGGCAACGUCUGCUGCGGCAUCUUCAUCUUGUACUUCUUGUACAUGCUCUACUUCGAUCGAAUUCAGGAGAAGCACUUUGGCACCAUUCGACAACAGAUCUGGGCCUUCCUGCACUUCCCGCUUCACGUUUUUCUCGUCCUUGCAGUGGAGGGGGUGGGGCAGUGUUUGAUAUGGAACGCGGCGACUGUUGCGGAUAAUAACCUCACCAAUGACCUCACACAUGCAUUGGAGCAGCUUGUCAAUGCAAAUUAUACGUUUACCACCGACCCGUCUGUUUGGCGCACGGCGGCCAGUUCUCUCAACGAUACGGCAACGAUCAUUCUACAAGCCGGUGUGCAGGGCAGCAAAAACUUUCGUCAAACCACCUACAUCCUGGAUACCGUCACGUCCAACGUGAACGCUGCUUUGCGCACAGUCGCGAGCGGAACUACCGUGUCCUCUGAGAACUUUUCCGAUCAAAUACAAUCCGCUCUCAUCUUAUACUUCGGCAGCCUAUCGACCGUGCUCUACGACAUUGCGGGAUUCUCGCCCCCAAGCUCCACUUACGACGACGGAUCAAGCCGCCCUGCUUCCGGAGUCAAUGAGCUGGAGAACAGCGCACUCGAAGAGUUCAACAGAAUCUCCAAUGUGUUCGAGCUAACGUUCAUCUACUUCUUCGUCUCGGUUGGCCUCGUCAUCAUCUUUAAUAGCUGCAUCGCGGCCAUCAGUGAGCGAUCCAAGUCCAAGCUUCACUGGGUGCGUUCGGCAUCUUCGUGCUUCCUUGGCGUCUCGCUGUGUCUGAUCGCCCUCAUCGCGCUUUCUAACUCGCCGUCGUCUCCCAGCUACGCAUUCACCAACUAUGCAUCGAGCCCCUACAUUCUGCCGACGGUGGCAUUGACGCUCUUUGUCGCUGUCCUGAUUCACACGAUCAAGCCACCUCCAUGGAUGUUCGCGAGGCUGCGAAGACCCGAUCUCGAGGAUCAUGCAGAAGCCACGCACCACGACCGACAAGGGAAGCAAGAGACUGCAGAUAAGAGUGAUUCGUGA